AUGUCAAUUCUGCAUCCGGACAAUCCGACCACAUCGUUUGGCCACUUUGACGUUCGUAACGAAUCGCAAACUGCGCCCGACAAUUGGCUCAUCACCGAUGAGUCGGCUUUAAGCGAUGAUCUCACGUUAAUCGACUCGUUUUUGGGUAUGUUGGUAUUUUUUGGCAUUAAAAUAGUUUUAUUUUUUAGGUAGCGACAUUUUAUACGAUCAAACGUGUUUGGGUUUUCAUGGGACAUGUUUGAUCGUAUAAGAUGUCUAUUUUUUCUGAAUUUAUAAAGUUUUUAUGUCAAAGCCUUCAACAUGAUCAAUAUCAACUAUUUCCACUAAAAAAUUUAUUUUCAGGUCUAGGCUCCUUCGAUGGAUCCACCUUCAACGAUAAAUCCACGGAAAACCUGUCGACGCCGUUGAACAUUUUUCUCGGCGGCCGUUCUCAUCAACAACUGCAACAUUUGUGUGACCAAGUGCUUGUCAAACGUCUACCGUUUGUUGGUUUCGAACUUCGAUACUGGGAUCUGGCGAUUCUGGUCCCCAAUCUAUUGUUUUUACUGUUUUUAUUGCUGAAAUGCGGAAAUAUGCGAAGAAAGUUGCGGCACACCAGCUCGCCGUUGUUUCGGGCGUUCUUCUUCUUGGUAAGUUGGUUUUAUAUAUUGAAGUUUGGUAUCUUUAGAAAGGUUGAAGUCUGGUCUAUCGAAUGGUAUAUGAAUCAUAAAGUGACAUUUUAAUAUUCGGGCAGAAACUUGAUUUUUACGGGAUCAACCCGAUAUUACACUGAAAAAUUUGCGUUUGCUUUUUUCUUUUGAUCAUAACUUUUUUGAAACAUUAGGUAAUAACUUGAAAGUUGGAGCGAUUGUAGCUUAUUAUGUUUUUAAUAAAUGCCAUAAAGCGUUUUUUAAAAUUUACAGUAUUUUUGAAGUUACAGUAAUUUUACCGCACCCUGCUUUAACUUUUUUUCUGGAGCAGAUCUUUUUAGCUUGUUUUUUUGUGUUUUAGGUACCUUUUAGGUCUUGUUUUUAUAAUUUAGGUAUAAUUUAAGACUGAUUUUAAUAUUUUAGGUAUAAACCAAGCUUUAUUUCCAUAUUUUAGGUAUAUGCCACGACAUUGUUGAAUAUAACGAGAGCUGGAAUAUCGAUGGCUUUUACCUAUUCAGAUCCGUUUGGUCGAUUCAUUAAUGAAAUUAUUUGGUUUUCAUUAAAGUUUCUGGCUCUGACGACUGAAUUGGCAGUGCUGGCGUUUGGUCUACUGUUGGGGCCGUUAGAUUCGGCCAGAAAUUUGAGGAAAGCAUUGUUCUUUGUGGUGGUGUUCAGUGGAGUUCAUGCUGCGAUUCAGAUGAUUCUACAGUUUAGGAUUUGGAAUACGGUGAGUUUCUUUACCCUGCCUUGCUUUGCCCUUCUCUUGGCUUGCCUUGCCUUGGCCUGAUCUUUCUUUUAUCAAUGCCAUUACUUUUCAGCACUUCUUUGUGGAAACCCUCCGCAUCUUCGCUCACGAUGGUAUGGGAUUCUGGAUGAUAUCCUCUGGCAUCUUCGCCAUGGUCUACGCUCUAGCCUGCUGUUUCCCGAUGAUAUGUUGUCGUAGAGUAUGUGCACCACGGCGGUGCUCAUUCCAUUCGUACUGUAUGCUAAUGGCUCUCUUCAACAUUGUCCAGGCAUUGGGCGUGGUACUGUUGUUACUUCAUACCAAGGAUGGACUAUGUGUCACUGAUGGUACUGGCCUACUGUACUUUACUUUCUAUGGACCGUUGGUUUACUUUGUCUUCUUGAGGCGGUCAUUAAAUUCAAAGAGCUUCCCCUAUAGACAACAUAAGAAUGUGACCAGCUCGGAUGUGUAUCAACCACGGUUUUCUGGUGGGUUUUCGGAUAGGGGUGGAGGUAUGGGUAGGGAUAGGUUAGAUGCAUGGAUUUGAGUAUAAUUGGGGUGGAGUUGGGUAUUAGAAGGGUAAGGUUGCUUUACAAAACAAAAAUAGGCAAGAACUUGCUUUACAAAACAAAAAGGCAAGAACUUUCUUUACAAAAUAAAAAAUGGCAAGACCUUUCUUUACAAAACAAAAAAUGGCAAGAACUUUCUUUACAAAACAAAAAAUGGCAAGAACUUUCUUUAUAUAGAAGAAUUUCAAAAACUGAGCUGUUUUAAUUCGAUUUUAAACUAAAAACGGCAGAAUUAGGUAAAAUACGACAUCUGAAAUUGAUGUUUAUUGAAAAAAAAUCUUAAUCUUAUCAUUUUAGGCCUAAUCUCCCCGUCAUACGAUGACUUCUUUGAUUACGACCGUAUCAUGCAGCACGACAGUACCCAUCUCCAGAACAUUCUCCACCUUAAUUACGAUUUUUACCACGCCGCCCAAGACUUUCGUGAUCCAUUUGGCACGGAGAUUCCAUUAAUGUCGAACAGAACACCAGAUUCGACUAUCACAACACAUAUGGACUCGGAUGGUAAUAUCGAGUUGGGCGACAAUUCGACCAGUUCCGAGAGUCGACCCAUCAUUCGACCACCCACUUUGAACAAACAUAAGCAGCUAAAGUGAGUUCUUGCCAUUUUGAAGGUUGGAAAGAAAGUUUCUGCCGUUUUUUGUUUUGUAAAAAAAGUUCUUGCUAUUUUACGUUUUGGAAAGAAAGGUCUUGCCAUUUUUUGUUCUGUAAAGAAAGUUCUUUCCAUUUUAUGCUUUGGAAAGAAAGUUCUUGCUAUUUUUUGUUCUGCAAAGAAAUUUUUUACCAUUUUUAUUUAUUGAUUCUACGUCAUAAAUGAAAAAGCUAAAUGCACCGUGAAAGCAUAUAUUUUAUUGCACAGUGCAAAUUUUUUCUUUUUUGAAAAAACUCAAAUUUUUGAUAAAAUUUUAAUACUGUAAAAUUUAAAGUACCAUUAUUUGCAUCUUUUAAAAUUAUUUUUACUUUUUUUCAUUUGUAAAUAAUGGCAUAAAUGAAUUAUAAAAAUGACUGCACCGUGCAAUCUAUGUUUCUUUUGCACUGUGCAGAAAAAUAAAGCAUUUUGCACCGUGCAAAAGCAAUUUGUGGACAAAAAACGAGAAUAAAAGCACAAGUAACAAUAAAAUCGAUUUUUCAGACUAGGCUCGGACGGCCGAUGGAGCUUCGACACCUACGACCAGUCGCCGGACUAUUUUUCGCGAAGACGCUGGUAUUAA